AUGUCUCAACUGACCGACGUUUCCGUCGUCACCUGUUCUGUUGUGGCUUAUCCGGCCACCGACGCACAAAAUCUUCUUCUGAAAUUCGCCUCGUUCUCUGGUCUCACGUAUUCUUCUCAGGUGAGUGAUUAUUCAAUUUUUAAUCAUCCUUCAAUCACACAGAUUUUUUGAAAAAAUUUUUCGAAGCUCUAAAGUUUAUAAAAUUUCAAAAAAGGAAGUAAUUUCUGGAGCUCAGUUAAGUAGAGUAAAACUUAGCUCAUGACAAUUAUAUAUAAUCAUUUUUUUGAUAUAAUUAUAUCAAAAAUGAUGCAAAAAUUUUCAAAUAUUUUGAAUAAAACAAAGUUCAAAGGUAAGGGUGCACACAUGCGUCAGAACUCGAGAACAGGAAGUUCCCGAAUGAAAUGAUAGGGCCGAAAAGAAGGGUUUCGAAUUUCUGAACUAGCUUUUGGCGUCAUUGGAACUAUUCAAGAUUUCCUCUAUUUACUUCAGAAGAAAUCUGAUAGUUCUCCAGAAAUGUUUCAAAUUCAUUCUGUUAAAGGUUGGCGAGCUGGCCACGGCGUUCAACGGACAAAAGUGUGUGUUUCUGGAAGAAAAUGUGAGGCUGGAAAGUCGGGAAAACGACCACCGGGUCGACGUUUUCAUGGUGUGCGUCUCUGUCGUCACAAGUGACCUCAAGAGUCUUCAGGAUACUGUAAGUUUUUUUCUUUUCCAGAAAAAAAAAUAGGGAAAAACUGACUUUCCACUGGUUUUUUUUAAAAAUCUUUAUGGAUUUUCCAUGCUAAAAAAGUUUCAAAAGAGUAAAAGCGCCGCUAUUCAAUCACAAAAUUCGCAGGACAUAAAAAAGAUGACUUGAAACGAGAAUAAUUUCAAAAACUUCUGUGACUCUAAAUAUUUUUUUGUAAAGAGCAGAAUCGGAUCUUGAGAUAGUUUAUGAGUUGGACUUUGUCAGGAGACUUUAAUAUUCAGAAUGAAAAAAAAAUUGGAAAUGAAUCACGGAAAGAGUUAUCAUUCGUCUGUUUCCUGCUUGAAUUUGUCACUUCCUCUGAGUGGGAAGCUUGCUUUUUAGUUUGGACAGGUGUAUUUUUUGCAACUUCAAUAAAAUUAUGAAAUUCUUUAAAAUCAGCUUCACACGUUUGAUAUUGAUAAAAACUAAUGUGUCCAGCUUGCAGGGGCUAACUUUCAAAAAACUUCUAUACUCUCAAGUAAAAAUUAAAUCUGUAAAAUAAACUUUCUCGUGGGUCGAUUGCCGACAAGAUGGCUGGGCAAAUUUGUCGAUAUUGACUUCCCAUAUUGACUUCAUCAUUUUCAGCUUCAAAAAACGAUUGACGGGAAGAUUCAUGGGGCUCCGUUUAUUAUUUGCGGCACUCAUAUAGAAGAGCGGCUCGGCGAGCAGAAGACGUUGUCGCUGAGCGACGCCGAGCUUUUCGCUUCUCAGAUUGGAGCCCUUCGAUACGUCGAGUGUUCGGCCAAAACCGGGGUUUGUCGGUUCCAAAUUGAUAAUUUCGAAACUUCUACUUUUCAAUUAAGCUUUUCGGUUCCAGGAAGGAGUAGACGACGCGUUUGAAGACUGCUUUCAAGUCGGCAAGCUACACGCUUUGAGAACCCUGCGACGUCAGAGAACGAAGCAAAGACUCGAAACGGAUGUAGCCAAAACCUCUUGCAUCACCCAAUAA